AUGGUGCAAAAAGGAACUGAUUAUCAAAACAUGAAAAUUAAUUUUGAACUAAUUGCCAUUGUUGGAAUAUCAUGUGUAUUUGCUGGUGAAAUUGAUACACCGGAAUCAUUUUGGAACGUUCUUAAAAAUUGUAUCGAUGUAGGAAGUGAAAUUCCAAAAGAACGUUUUGAUAUGGAUUCAUUUGGUCCUCUUUACUGUUCUAAAAAACCUUUAAUACGCCGUGGUUAUUUUGUUAAUGAUGAUGAACUUCAUAAUUUUGAUCCGUCUUUUUUUGGUAAGAUGCACCCAGGGCAGCCUUGCAGUGAAAUUUAUUUUUCGACACUUCAUACACCAUUCGAUAGAGAAUUUCGCGGUGAUCACGAAUAUCACUUCCAAGGCUCUCAGAACCCUUUCCUCACUG